AUGAAUAAGUACGAUGUUCUGGGAGUCGUGGGCGAGGGCGCCUACGGCGUCGUGUUGAAAUGCAAGAACAAGGACACCAAUGAAGUGGUGGCCAUCAAAAAGUUCAAAGAAUCCGAAGAGGACGAAGUGGUCCGGAAGACCACCUUGAGGGAGGUGAAAAUCCUUCGAAUCAUGCGACAUGAAAACAUUGUGCAGCUCAAGGAGGCCUUCCGAAGAAAAGGAAAGCUUUACCUCGUCUUCGAAUUCGUGGAAAAGAGCAUGCUUGACAUUCUAGAAGCCAACCCCAACGGGGUGGACACCGAGACCGUUCGGGUCUUGACAUGCCAACUGGCUAGGGCCAUUGAGUAUUGUCAUCGUCACGAUGUAAUUCACCGUGACAUCAAACCGGAAAACUUGCUUAUCAAUCCUGCCGACAACGCACUGCGUCUUUGCGAUUUUGGUUUUGCCCGGACCAUGAGUCGCGCUCUCGGACUACGUGGCCACGCGUUGGUAUCGUGCACCGGAGUUAUUGCUGGGAUCCACCCACUACGGCAAGGAUGUUGA